AUGCUCUCUCGAGUACUUGGUCAGCCUUGGACUGUUGCCGUUGAUCCAUGGGCUCUUUAUCCCUAUGCCCAAAAUUGCGGUUAUGAAACCUCUGUUGGGGAGCUCAUUGCCAGAUAUAUCAGUGGCGUUUUUGAUCUAUUGCGCGACUUUGUUGACCGGAAUGGAAACGAAGCUAGGGACGAGAUCAAUGAGAUCUGCCAUGCCCAUGCCAUAACUAUCGACUGUGAUGAGACAAAGACCAUAUCCUACUGUGCUGUCAAAGUAUCCUCUGAGGGUCAACUUGUUAUCCUCUUUAACGAACAAAGCCUAGGAUUUAAUGCAUUCGAAGCUGCCGACAACAACAAUCUCACCAAAGCGCUCAACGAUGCCCCUUCACCAAGGCUUAUGAGCUUUAUCGCAAGAAUGUCAAUCAGGGACAGCUAUAACAAUUAUAUCGCGAAGAUUCAAGAAAUGCUCAAGGAGAUGCUCAAGCAGGAUAUCUUUCUUGUUCCCAAUUUUGAAGCAAAUUUCGAGAAACUGAAAAGCAGCUCUGAUUCUAAUAGCGGCUGGGAGCGCAAUUUCGGGAACGCCCACCUUGCAUACUUUAAUGGUCUGGUCGAUCAGCUCAAAUAUGAAAAGUUUGGUGAGGAAGAUAUGCUUCGGAAGGGUCUUCUUGAGGGGAUGGACAAGCGUGCUAUUCACAUCCGUCUUGUGGAUCAAACGAAGAGAUCCUUCAACGAGGUUGUUAUUGAGGGUGGUGUUCUUUGCCUUCAGACUACUCCCAGAGAUUUUGGAGUCAACACUUCUCAAGUGGCUACCGAUAUUGUUAAUAUCUUGUAA